UUUCUCCUCGUAACGUGUGCGCAGAGAGCAGAGCGGAGUUCACCGAACCACAGGGAUUACAAACCGGACUGGAAUUAAAUACAGCGAAGGUGAGCAUGCCAUAUAAAGUGGUUUAUUGUCUACUGAGGAAGCCACCAGCCAUCAUCAUCAAUCAUCAAAGCACAACAUCUACCCACUGAGACACUUCCACCCUCUUCUACAAUCUCUUUUUCUCAUAUCCACCCCCAUUUCCCUCGGUCCCUUACUCCCUUACUCCCUACUUCCUCACCUUCCCCCACCCAACAUGUCCAUCGCCCUCAAGCAAGUCUUCAACAAGGACAAGACUUUCCGUCCUAAGCGGAAGUUCGAACCCGGCACCCAGCGCUUCGAGCUGCACAAGCGGGCGCAGGCAUCGCUCAGCUCGGGCGUGGACCUGCGAGCGGCCGUGCACCUACCUCACGGAGAGAACCCCAACGACUGGGUGGCCGUGCACGUGGUGGACUUCUUCAACCGCAUUAACCUCAUCUACGGUACCGUCUGCGAGUUCUGCACAGAGAAGAGCUGCCCGGUGAUGUCGGGAGGCCCCCGGUUCGAGUAUCGCUGGCAGGACGAGCACAAGUACAAGAAGCCCACAGCGCUGCCAGCACCACAGUACAUGAACCUGCUCAUGGACUGGAUCGAGAUGCAGAUCAACAACGAAUGCAUCUUUCCUACCAGCGUGGGAAUCCCGUUCCCUAAGAACUUCAUUCAGAUCUGUAAAAAAAUCCUGUGCCGGCUCUUCCGUGUCUUUGUCCACGUCUACAUCCACCACUUCGACCGAAUAAUCCUGAUGGGAGCCGAGGCGCACGUCAACACCUGCUACAAGCACUUCUACUACUUCUGCACAGAGUUCAACCUCAUAGACCGCAAAGAACUGGAGCCACUGAAAGAGAUGACAUCGCGGAUGUGUCGUUAGAGGCCUCGGAUCGGACACUGUGGACCUGAGAGACUGAAAUGUAGUUAGUUGCACAUGGCUGCAGCAGAAACACUAAAGACAUCACUGAUAAACUCUGAUGAACUCUGAUGAUGAUAAACGUCUUAAUGUAAUGACAUGGAGAGCAGUUCGAGGUCCUCCAGCCUCACCAGAAACCAAGUACAUUAUGAUACAACAGCAUCACCUGGUGGUUAAAGUAUCACACACAUGUUGUUCUGGUUUUCUAGCUGGAGAACUGAUGUAUGAGGAA